AUGCCUCUUACUGGUCACUGCCUCUGCAAGGCCGUCACGUACACUGUGGACGUCGAUGCCCCUCUACUCACCGGCUACGACCACUGCGAUGACUGCCAGCGCCAGAGUGGUUCCACUUACUCUCUGGUCGCCGUCGUGCCCAAGGAUAAGCUGACCAUAAACGGCCCCACCAAGAGCUGGGCGGGCAAGGGCAGCUCCGGCAAGGCCGUGCACCGCAUCUUCUGCUCCGAGUGUGGCUCACCCAUCGCUCAUGACCCCGAGGCCGCCCCGGAGAUCAUUGCUUUGAAGGCUGGUACCCUGGACACUGAGAUCAAGAAGACUCUGAAGCCGGACACCGAAAUCUGGACCAAGGGCAAGCUGCCCUUCUGCCAGGAGCACCUCGCCAAGCCCUUUGAGGGUAUGCCCCAGUGA